AUGUACUCCACCUUUGCAUUUGCACUAGUUGCUAGCACCUUCGUCGCCGCCAGCAUCCCGAACCGGGUUUAUACUGAUACGGAAUGCAAAGUCUGUCCAUACGAAUUAUGUGUCAACAAGAUUUAUUAUGAAGCUUCUUACUACAAUAACAUUACUCUUAACUGCUGGACGGAAGGAACACCAAUAGUAAAUGACACGACUUGGCUGAAGACACAAGACGGUUGCUAUGUCACGCAAUAUGACUUGUAUGAGUAUGCAGGAGAUUCACCCCAUUGGACAACUGUCCAAGGCAGGACGAGAUAUAUGACUGAAUGCAAUCUUGGCCCUUGGAUUGACAGAACGGAGCUUAAGUAUUAUAAAUACGGCAUCGAUCUUCGCUUGACCUGUGUAGCUCCCACUAGGGGUGAAGAAAUUAUGAGAAAGAAGUACGAACCGAAUGUUACUUUAAGAACCACGGCCGCUUAUAACUCCUUUAGGAAAUGGUACAAAACGAAUUCAAAUUGUUACGUCCAUGAGACUACAUUGUGGCCCGUCGAAGACGAACAAGAUCUUGAAGAUUGCGGGCCUAUCCCACGAAGGUUAGAUCCAGACAAUCGUACGCCAGAACCGACGCCGAGCGCGACGAAGAUGCCUUCAGCGUUUCCGAAGCCAAGCGCUACUCCUACUCCUACAGCGGUUGUAAAGCCUCCUUCUACAGCUAAAGCCAUCACGGUUGUUGGUGAAGAAUACGUAAACUGUACAGCCAAUGGAUGGCCUAAGGACAACCCGGGGAGAGUGGUACGCCAGUACGAGUUUGGGCAGGAGGUUAUUCUCCAGUGCGGAUCGUAUGGAGACACUGAAGAUUUGUCACUUAGUGAGACUAUCUUCCUUUUUACAACCGAUUUUUGCUGGAUCAAGGAUCAGGAAACAGAUCCCCAGCUUCAAGAAGGCAAGUGA